UCGCCGCCCUCCCUCAUCGACCGGCCUGCCUGCCUGCCUGCCUUCUCAGCCGGCCAAAGGAACGGAGCCCGCUUGCUGAGCGCAGGCGGGGAGCGAAGCAACCUUCCAAAGACAUGGAGCCGGGCUGCCGCUUCCCGCGAGGCUGAGCAACGCCGCGGCGAGGGGCAGCGGAUAUAAAAACGCUUCUCUCGGUCGCUCUCUUUUCCCCGGCCGUCGUUCGGCGACAAGAGAGACAAAAGGCGGCUUGCGGGUGGAGGACGAGGCGCCAGCCUCUCUCGCGCCGGGCGGGCGAUGGCACACAGGAGCCGGCCGGUGCCGCCGCAACCGCAACCUCCGCCGCCGCCGCCGCCGGCUCUGCCGCUUUCGGAUGCCCUCUGAGCCUUGGAGCUGGUGUUGUCACGGGCAACGGGAGGCGCGGCGCUCUUUUCCCGACGGUCACGGCGAAGAGGAGGCUUCUUCUUUUUUUCCUCCCCUCCGGACCACCCGGCGAUCAUGGGCAGAUGCAACGGACGGUGCACGCUGGUCGGCUUCUGCUCCUUGCAACUGGUUGCAGCUUUGGAGAGACAGAUAUUUGACUUCCUGGGUUAUCAGUGGUUGCCGAUCCUGGCUAAUUUUUUACACAUUAUGGCCGUCAUUCUGGGUAUUUUUGGCACCCUUCAGUACAGAUCCAGAUACCUCAUGCUGUAUGCUGUGUGGCUCAUUGUCUGGGUUGGCUGGAAUGCAUUCAUCAUCUGUUUCUACCUGGAAGUCGGACACCUUUCACAGGAUCGAGACUUCAUCAUGACCUUUAACACAUCACUGCAUCGCUCGUGGUGGAUGGAGAACGGUCCUGGUUGCCUGGUGACCCCUGUGAUCAGCUCCAACCUGGCCUUAGAAGACCAUCAUGUCAUCACAGUAACUGGAUGCUUGCUCGAUUAUCAAUAUAUUGAGGUGGUGAGCAGUGCAAUGCAGAUAUUCCUUGCGCUAUUUGGAUUUGUUUACGCCUGCUAUGUCAGCAAAAUGUUUAUGGAGGAGGAAGACAGCUUUGAUUUUAUUGGAGGGUUUGACUCCUACGGCUAUCAGGCACCGCAAAAAAUGUCACACCUGCAGCUGCAGCCUUUAUACACCUCUGGAUAAUUGCUUCCUUGCCUACCUACAGUGAACAAGCCUUUGGGGAGUUUGCAAACAACAAUAACAACGCCAAGCCAAGCCACCAAGAUACAUGGAGCAGGGCAAAGCAUUUUCAAGGCCGUUGCCAAUUCUGCUGGAGAUUUGGUGUUCCCGGAGGGACAACUACGGUGACUUCAUCUUGUCCUUCUCAUCCGUUAAUGCCUUUCAUUUGGUAUCUAAGCAAAAAUCAUGAACCCAUUUGGGAAACUUUGACCAACACUGUUUUUCCAGAUCUAAAAGUUUUCUGCUUAAAAAGACCUCAGAGCCAAAAUGAGCUCAGGACUCCACCUACUGGCCAGGUUGUGUACUGUCACUGGUUCACAACUGGCCAAUCCUGCAAACUUGGGAUCUAAUUCUUUGUCUCCCAAGAUGGGGAGAAUCCUUUUCUAAGCGAGAUCCUUUUUUUUUUUUUUUUUGGUCAGAUUUUUCUUUUGUUGGUUGGUUUUUCUAAAAAAAAUUACUUCUGGGAUACUUCUUGUCUGAGCAAAUGACUUUGAGUGUGUUAAUCUGUAGGUUGCAAUAUUUUGCAAUAACGAAAAGGAGUAAAGAAAUAAAAUGAAUGGAACGUGAAAUAAAAGGUGGGUAAUGGAAAGGAAAGUUGGCUAGGGUUUGAAAUGUGUAACAUGCGCUCCAUCCUUUAGUGAGUAUUUUUUAAGCUGUUUCAUCUUUGGGUGCCUCCAAAUCGACUUCAGAAGCAUUCCAUUCCUGAUUUACAGCCAGAGUUUUCUCUUCCAACCCAGCUUUCAGGUUAAGAGGAAGGGAGAGAAAAGGCAGAGAGAGACAAAAGUGAGGAAAAAAGUGGGGGGAGGGCUGAUAAUGUAGGCUCUAAGAGGAACCCCUGAAAAAACCUAAUCAAAACAUCAGUUAAAGAACAUCAGUUAAACACAUCCAUAGGCAGAAAUAGUUCCUUUUAUCAAAAAAGAUAACGCCAAAUGGAUGCCUAUUUGGGCGUGCAUGGUUUAUUUUUCUUCAGAGGACACCGCCUCUCUUCCACUAAAAGCGUGAGAUGAUGACUUCUCGAUUCUAGAGAUGGAAAAUGGUGUUCUUAUGAAGGGGAGGUAUGAUGCCUGAAGAUCGGUGUAGAAACUGUUUUUGUAUCUCUUUGGGAUUUCUUUUGUGAAGGGGCUUCGGGUCUCUCCUGAGCACCUCUGUGUAAGCCCCCUGUGGUUGAAGGUCAGUGAUGACAAGCAGGCAACCUUGUUCGGUCUUCAGGCUCUGCCACAGAAGAGCUCUCAUAACAUUUUGCAAGAUGUCAACAGUUGUCCCGAGACCUUGCAAGGAAGCACUGGAAAUCCUAUAUGUUUUCACAUUAAAGGAACUGAAGUCUUACAGAAUGUAUGGAUACAUGAAAUAUCAACACUUUGUUUCAAAAAAAUAAUAUUUUAAUGGGGAUGAGCGUGUUUUAGAUGUGCGGUGGACGGCCUAGGAACCCAUGGCUACUGCACUGCAGAUUCUAAUCCAGUGUUUCUCAACCUUGGUAACUUCAAGAUAUAUGGACUUCAACUCCCAGGAUUCUCCAGCCAGCAUGCUGGCUGAGGACUUCUGGGAGUUGGAAGUCCAUACACCUUCAAAGUACCAAGAUCGAGAGACCCUGUUAUAAUCUGCAAUUUCAUAUUCAUACCAUGGGGAUCACAGGAUGGGUCCCACUUGUUUCUAACUUCACUAGCAAAAGCCAAGUACGUCCUUGCAAACCUGUCUUCCAUUUUUAUCCCCCCUCUGCCUUGUAGGGCUAUCCUUUUUUAAUUUUAAAUUUAAAAACACUGAUUUUAAAUCAGUGUUUUUCAACGUGGGCUUUUAACUCCCAGAAUUCCCCAGCCUUUCUCUUCCGAAAGUGGAAAUGAAGAAACUUGUGGCGUUGCUUCAUUCCGACUCCUCAGCAAGGCCUACAUUGGCAGCCCUAAUACAGGUCUGUCCUAAACUUACGGCCACAAUUGAGCCCAAAAUUUCCGUCGCUGAGCGACAGUUUUAAAUAAGUUUUGCCCCAUUGUACGAUUUUCCUUGGCACAGUUUGUUAAGUGAGCAACGCGGUUAUAAAAUGAAUCUGGCUUUCCCAUUGGUUUUGCUUGUCAGAAAAUAGGAGAAAGUUUUUCUUCACUUCAAUUUGAACUAUUACCAUUUUUCCACAAAUAAAUUAUCAUUUUCUUACAUAAUUAUCCAUUGCUUAUCUGUACCUUUCUUCUAACCAAUGGUAAAAUAUCUUAAAAUAUUCUGAAUCCUCUCUUUCUUUAAUCAUCGAAGUUAAUCUGUUCAUUUCUGCACACAUUGAUGCCUUCCCGUAGUUCACGUGAUCAAAAUCCAGACGCUUGGCAACCGAUUCACAUUUACGAUGGUUGGAGUGUAUUUUGGCGACCUUCUGACUAGCAAAGUCAAUGCGGAAACCAGAUUCACUUAACAGCCGUGUUGUUACUAAAUUAACGACAGCAGUGAUUCGCUUAACAAUUGUGGCAAGACAGGUUGUAAAAUGGAGCAAAACUCCCUUAACAAAUGUUUCACUUAGCGACAGAAAUUUUGGGCUCUUAUUCUGGUCAUAAGUCAUCGUAGAAUGAUUGGACCAGGUACUGCGAUUGAACAAUGGUUACAGUAGUGGCCAAAAUUGUGGAAACCUUUUGGGGAAAGUGUAUUUUCUAAAACUAGCUAAUAACACCACUUUUUUUUUGGAGUAGUACCAUAAAAUUAUAUAUCAAUGGAAAGAUAAUUGAAUCAAGAAUGUAAUGCAAUAACUUUUAGGAAGGAUUUGCUAUUAGAAUAGCAGUUACAGUAUAAAGAAGAAAAGUGAAACACGUAGAAAAAACGAGCUAUACAAAAAUUAUCACCAUAGAAAAAACGAGAUAUACAAAAAUUAUCACCAUGUCAGUUAAUAGUUAGGUAACCUUUAGCAUGAAUUAGGGCCUUACAACGUCUUCCCAUGGAGUGAACCAAGACUUUUAGUUCUGCAGCUGUUAUAAUGUGAAAUCAAGAUUGGAUUAACUGGGUUUUAUUGCUAGGUCCCUUCUGACAAGAAGUUUCUUUAGUCGUCUCCAUAGAUUUUCCAUUGGGUUAAAGUCUGGGCUAUUCCUAGCCCAUUCCAGCAGUGGAAUAGGAUUAUCUUGAAACUCCCCCCACCCCCCAGAAAAGUGUUAUUAGCCAUCAAAACGCAAAAAUACACUUUUCCCAAAAGGUUUCCACAAUUUUGGCCACUACUGUAAACAGAUUAAAAGAUGGUGUACUAAGUCUUUCUGAUGUUUCUGUAGCAAUGAUAAGGAAUGCAAUGUUCUGGAGGCCCUGAUAUUUCUGAAGUAUGGAAGCGUGGCCAUAGGGGGAAAAUAGUAGGGGGCAUUUUUGGCAUCAGCAUGGUCAGAAGUUCUCCAUCCCUGCUCUAACCUUCUUAAAAACUUUCUCUGAAACGGGGUCCCUGACUCUCACUGAUGUGCCAGACCAGGGGUCUCCAACCUUGGCAACUUUAAGACUUGUGGACUUCAACUCCCAGAGUUCCGUCCACAAGUCUUAAAAAUUGCCAAGGUUGGAGAUCCCUGUGCCAGACUGCAUAAGCAUAACGUUAUGCUGAACUGCCUUCUGCACCUGCUUUUCAGUGUCUUCUAAACACGAAGUCUAGCCUUAAUCUUGGAUCCUCCUGGAUAAUGUGGACCUAUUACUGUUUCUCAUCUACU